AUGUCUAACAUGCCAACAACUCGGCGCAACGGUCAGUUGUGGUCCUGUGAGCCAUGCCGCAAAUCAAAAUUACGUUGUGAUCAUGCGACCCCAGUUUGUGGCCGCUGCAUACGACGCGAUAGACAACAUCUCUGCGUCUAUCACCCAUCACCCCUCACACGUUCAGGGACAAAUCGCGAGAAACGAGUACAAGCCCGAGCGCGAAAAGAGCUGACGGAGCCCAGCGUUAGCUCAGAUGAUUGGAGCCAAAGGAAGCUCACUAUAUCCGCGCCAGGUUUCCUUGGCCACACGAGCUACUCGGAUGCAUUUAGAGAUAGCGACAGCGGAUUGGAGCUGGAAGGCAUAUCGCCGUCCCCCGUUGCCUUUUCGGUAGAUAUUGAGCGUAUUCAGCGUGGCGCACGAGCGUUGGUGCAGCUGAGACAUCUUUCCUUAUGUCGGGAGAUGUUGACUGCCCGUCAGAAGGUCUGGAAAGGAUGGACUUUCGCCUGGCCAAUUACGCUUCUAAUCCUGAGCCACACCGAAGAGAUGUGGGACUCCGUUCAGCGUGAAGAAGCCGAUGAAACAAAACGGACACUUUUGCUGUCCAGGAGACUGUUUGAGAAACAGACACAACCGAUAGAUCUCCAUUCGGAGACAACAUGUACAGAAUUUGUGACUUCCAUCGCUGGACGCUGGGAAACAAUAGGGUUGUUGCUUACUCUCGUCGGUGCAGCGGCUAACGCCGUCCUUCGAGAUCCGAAUGAGAAGUAUGAUGCGCUGGGUGAUGCAGAGAGCAUCAAAGUCACCGCUAUGGCAGCUGGGGAUCUCUGUCUUCAAUUCUGCCAGAGUGCCGGGAUUAUCAAUGAUAUAGUAUGCUCACUGCUUUUGCAUCAUACCGCUCUUCUUACAAUCGUAUAUGGUGAUGGCGAGAAGAUCGCAGACCACCGACCAUGGCGCAGACUAGGUGAUAUGGCCGCUACCCUUUUCGCGUUUGGACUUCAUCAAGAGCCGAUUAACGUGCCUUUCUUUCUCCGCGAGAUACGGAGGAGGACAAUGGUAGCGGCAUAUAGUAUAGACAAAUCGCUUGCCACAUUCCUUGGGCGACCACCACUAAUAUGCUGGCGGUAUUGUGACAUUCAAAUGCCUCUAGACCUCAGUUGGGACGAAAUUCACGCCGAGCCAGCGGCCAGAGAAGCCGCCAUUGCGAAUUUGACCAGUGAUGGCUGGAACAAGGAAGGAUAUAUUCAGCAAGGCGCGUUGGGUCGGGUCGGUCUUUUGACGAGUAAAUUCCGCGAAAAGGCACUGGAGUUAUCGCUUGGUCGCCCGACCGAAGAUCUGCCAGAGCGGGUUGAGGCUUUGUCCCGGGAAUUAUACCAACAAUACGAGAAUCUACCUGAUUUUCUUCGGUGGAAUUCUAUAGGACGCUACAUGACCAAAGAUGCCCCUGAUGAUCGCCUCCAAAUUGACAUUCGCUUAGAGUACCUCUACAACGACUUCCUGCUACAUAGGAACCUUUUUAAGAAGACCAAGCUCGCACCAGACCGCAUCAUCAGUGUUUCGCUAGAAAUCAUGAGUGCAUUACUAUCUCUUGUCGCCAGAACCCUUGAAACCCAAAUGUCCAAAUACAUGGUCUCGUGGAAUCUUUGCAAUACCGGGCUUCCUGCUGCUGGAGUUCUAUCUGCUGAGCUUCUGCGGCAAUUUCGACUACGAACCUUUCAGCCAUCAACUUUCCCGCGAUCCGACAUUAUCCAGAAGCUCAGUGUCUUUGCAUCUUAUUUGGAGACCAUGGUUCAACAAGAUGAUGGCAAUUAUCAGAUUGCACAACAGGGCCACCGAGCCAUUCGUCACGUUCUGGACCAAGUUCUUUCAGCACCUACGUGCAAGUGGGCCGAUUCGUCCGCAUUGAAUUCUACCACAGAGCUUAAUCUUGACGAGUCAGCCCUUGUGCAUUCAGAUUUACUGGACGGCAUUGAUCUUGAUGACCGAGGGUCUUUUUUAGAAUGGCUGGAUGGAACUGCGGACUUUCAUGAGCCAUGGCAUGCAUGGAUGAACUUGAGUUAA